AUGCCCGUCAAUCGACAGGCCUGGUCGGGUGUAGGUGGAGCAAGCGGCAACCCGCGGCAUGCCGCGGAGCAGACAGCCCAGGCGAGGCGGGCGGAGGGCGGACGCUUGCAGGAGAAAAUGGGCAUCAGCGCGGCCGUGGACGCGCCGCUGUCCAUCUGGGCGGGGCCCAAGGACGUCGACCCCUACUCGCACGCCGCGCCCGUUGAUCCCUACGCCGCCUCCUCCUUCCCUGCCUCCGCCGCCUCCGCCUUCGCACCGGCUAGCACCGCAUUCAACCUCACGGCGACGUCGCUGAUGGCGGUGUUCCUGCAGGCGGGCGGGCUCACCUGGGACGAGGCGCAGGUGCUCUACCUUUGCGCGGGGUCCGCCUCCGCGGGAAUCACGCGGAUCUACGCGCAGUUCGCGGUCGGCGAGCGGGACCACGCGGGCCCGCACGGCAAGACCGUGCGGUGGGUGCGGAAGACGGUGGGGGCGGCCGCGAGGGAGCAGCGCCUGCUCUUGCCUUCGCACCCCGCUCGCCCGCCCCCUCCGCCCCCCAAACCGCCUGCGCCGGGCAGCAGCGGGCCGUCCGUCGGGCUGACCAACUGCGUGGAGGCGGUGCCGGGGCGGCUGAACAUAUACUGGACCGUGCAUCACGGCGACGCGGACGCAGGUGCCGCGGGACCGCCGCAAGACGUCUCCGCAGUCACCGGGUCCUCGACCGCGCCCGACGGCAGCACCGCUGGCAGAGGCGCCGGCGGCGGCGGCGGGGGGAAGGGGCCGGUAGUGGAGAUAGGGAUGGAGGCGCGCGUGGGCGAGGGGUCGUGGGUGGCGGUGGGCGUGUCGCGCAACCAGACGCGCUUCGCCAUGCUGCAGAGCGACGUGACGGUGGGCGGCGUGCUGGCGGACGGCGGAGGGGUCUUUGCGCGCGACUACCACGUCACCGCCAAGCAGACGUGCCAGCAGGUCGCGGGCGGCUUCGUCGGCGUGUGCGAGGUGCGUGUGGGCGUGUGCGAGUGGCGGUUCAUCAGCACUGGGUGUCACAAAGCCCCCUCUCGCGUGUGUCACGUGGGUCCAUCAUCUCCCUCCCCAUCUCGCCCCCCCCUCCAUUCGCUCACGUUACUCCUUCAUCUCUCCCUCACGACACUACUCUCCCCUUCCCCUUCCCCGCUGCAUUCCUCCGUUUCAUCCCGCCACCAUCCGCCCCUCCCCCCCCCGGCGCAGGACGCGCUGCUGGGCUCCUCCCCCACGUCCCUCAACGACGUCACCCUCGUCUCCGCCUCGCGCCGCGCUGACGUCACCUUCAUCCGCUUCACCAAGCCCGCGGCGACGGCGGACGACCGGUUCGACGCCAACCUGCUGCGCGCGCCGGGCCUCUCCGCGCUCUGGUGGGUCGUCUUCGCCGCGGGCCCGCUCGCCCCCGCGUCCACCGCCGCCGCGCCCACGCUGCUCUUCCACGACCCCGCGCUCGGCUACUUCUCCGGCGGCACGCGCAUCCCCUUCGCGCCGCCCGCGCCCAUCCGCACCUGCUCCCCGCUCUGGGGCACCAAGCCCGAGUACCACCCCCCGCUCCCCCCGUACGCGCCUCCGCCUCCGCCCGGCGCCGCUGCCCCGCCCCCGCCUGGCGCGGACGCGGCGGGGGGCGUGGCGGGGAUGCCGGGGCUGCGCGAGUGCAGCACGGCGGUGGGCGGGCAGGUGUACGCGUUCGACGCGUGCGACGCGCUGCCCGGGGGCUUCCUGCUCAUGUGGUCGCUCGCGGGCAUCACACUGCGCGCCGCGUUCGUCGCGCAGGCCGUGCCCGACGGCGGGUACGCCGCCGUGGGCCUCUCGCCGUCCGGCGCCGUCGCCAACUCCAGCCUGCUCGUUGUCUCGUACGCGCAGGCGGCGCGAGGUGGGAGCGCCGGGAAGGCCGCGGGCGCGGGGGGAGCAGCGGGCGGGGCGGAGGUGGAGGUGGGGCAGGUGGUGGUGCGCGCGGGUGCGCGGGGCGUGGGGGUGGAGGCGGUGGCGGGGGGCGAUCUGACGGUGGUGAGCAGCGUGGGGCAGGCGAGGAACGGCGCGCUGACGCUGCUCUUCUCGCUGCUGCUGCUGCCCAAUCAGACGGCCGCCGCGUACCUCGUGUGGACCAAGGGGCAGCGCGCGCAGCUCUCACUGCCCGCCGCCGCUGCGGCCAAUGAGACGGGGGGGGUGCUGUCGCUGGAUGGGCUGGACGCGCUGAUGACGUCAGCCAUCAGCUUUGAACGCGGCGAGCCGAAAGACGACUCCAACGACACCAUCCGCCUCUGGAAGAUCCACGGCAUAAUCAGCACGGUGGCGUGGGCGUUCCUGAUGCCUCUGGGCGUCAUGGCAGCGCGCUACCUGCGCCAGGUGUAUGCGCGCUGGUUCCCCGUACACCAGGCGCUGCACCUCGCCGCCGCCUCGCUGGCCACCGUGGCAUUCACCAUGGCGCUCACUAUGCCGCACGGCGCCAUCGAGGGCCGUGCUGACAAGGCGUCACGAGGGGCGUGCGUGGUGGCACAUACCGCCAUGGGCAUCACGCUCAUGGUCAUCGCAGCGCUACAGCUGUCAGCGCUGGUGUGGCGGCCGCAUGAGGACAGCAAGUGGCGGCCAUGCUGGCGGCGCGUGCACGCUGUGGGAGGCGCGGUGGCACUGCUGCUGGGGCAGGCGCAGCUACUCGUUGGCCUUUUCAUCUCAGCAGCCCCACUAUUCUACACCGUGCUGCUAGCGGCGUGGCUCAUCUUUGCGCUGCUCCUCACCACGGCCCUUGAGCUCCACUUCUUCCCCACCUUCUACCGCCUCGCCCACUGCUGGGACCGCCUUCUGGGCCGCGACGCUGACGUGGCGUCUGACGUGGACAGCCUGUGCGCGUCCAGUGAGAGGCUGCCGGGUGGUGCGGGUAGGAAGGGGGCGGCGGAGGGGGCGGGCGGCGAUGGGGGAAAGGGCGCGGCGGGGGGAUGGAUGGCGGCAGUGUUGGCGGUGCUGCGGCGCAGCAGGGGCGCCGGCAUGCUGCCUGAACGGCCCAGGGGGCCGGCCAAAGGGGGGAAAGGUGAGGGGAGGCUAAGGGGAAGAGGAGGGGGUGCGGGAGGAGGAGGAGGGGGGGCACAUGAGAGAUCGGGGGGCAGCGUGGGUGCGGGGCGGAGCGGGUACAUGAGCAUGGCGGAUGCCAACGCUGCCACCGACCGCCGCUCCAAGGAGCUGCUGCCCCCCCCGCCACCCGCGCCUCCCCCAGCCUUGCCAGCCCUGCCGCACUCCCACGCACCCGCACCCACCCCCGCUGGUGGUGCCGCUGGUGGUGCCGGUGCGGUUGGCACAGAGGGGGCAUUAGAGGUAGGGGGAAGAGCCAAGGGGGUGGAGGCAAGGGGGAAGACGUUUGGACGAAGCCAGAUGGUGGCAGAGGGGGGUCGCAGCGAGGGUGCCGGAGCACAAGACCAUGGGGCUGCUGCCGCUGCUGCUGCUUCCACUGGAGCUGGUGCUGCUGCUGCUGCUGGUACAGGUGGUGGUGGUGGUAGUAGUUCAGGGGCCAGCACCCAGUCACGAGGUGUGUGGGCGGGUGGGAUGGCAGCUUGGAAAGCGGAGGAGGCAGCGAGAGAGAGAAGGGGAGAGGGAGUGAGGGAGGGAGUGAGGGAGGGAGUGAGUGAGUACAUUCGCACGGACAAGUACAACGUGCGAGCCACUGUGGUGAGGGCCCCAGAUCUGGCUGUGAGAGGGAGAGCGGGCCGGCAGGGGGGUGCAGAUGCAGCAGCAGGAGGGGUGGGGCCAGGCAGCUCAGUGAGCCAGGCGGGUGGGUCAAUGCAAUAA